UUAUCGCCAAAUGGUUUCCAACAUUUUUAACAUUCCUGAACUUGCUAGCUUAGUAGCGCUGCAUCUGUCACUGUGCGACUUGGUUCAAUUGAUGCUCACUUGUAAAGCGUUUGCUUCUGUGCUGGAACCGCACCUAUUUUCCAAAGCAACCAUCAGACCCGAACGUUUAGAACAUGAUUUUCUUUUUCGGAACCUUCAUCGCUUUCGAUCCAUGAAGAUUCGUGAUUUAGAAACUCUUAAUCUCGGCUUGGCCCCGUUCGAUGCGUCUGAAUAUCCAGGAGCUGCCGAGGCUUCACUGUCGUCAUCGUCGUCGUCUAAACUUCAAGCUGAGUUAGGGGCAAUGGUAUCUCUAAAACGCUCUACAUCCCCCCUCAAUCUUUAUAGCCUUCUAGUCUCUUCUAAGAACCUAACUGUCCCGGCAGCCAAGCAACUCCUCACGAUCCUUCAUCAUUGUUCACAGCUUGCAGCUCUCCAGCUCGAUGUCGGAUGCAUACCGAACAUCGAUUUAUGGGGUCGUCAAAAACUUUUGGAUCUCAUCUUUUCGCCCUUGCCAUGCCUUCAAAGACUCGACCUGCGGAAGUUCCAUAUCACUCAAAAAAUAUUACUUCGGUUCUUGAAGGCUAUCCUGACUCAUCCUCAACUAACAGAGGUGGAGUGUAGCCAUAUUUAUGUUAGAGGCGCUACUUAUCCAAGGUCGGCUCGCUAUUCAGAUGACUUUACAUCGCUUUUGGACUCUUUGAUCAGAACCGCCGACCAGGAUAUAGAGGAUCGCCCCAACAGGAGCAUUGCCAGCAAAAUUAGUGGAAAUAGUAGUAGCAACAAUAACAAUACCAACAGCAGCUACAGAAACCCUAACUUUGUCUCUAAUAUUAAGGCGUUGGCAUUGCCAUUUCAUGCUGAUGGUUAUCCAGAUUUAUUCCUCGCUCGCCUCUUUAAAACAUUUUUGCCUAAUUUGGAACGAUUUCGCGUUCCGAGAAUAUUCGAGGAACAUUACAAUCAGGACACCUUUCCAGAUGAUAUUUUCCCAAAAUUACAGCAUCUAGAAUGUUCCUUAUUCACACGAGACGCUUAUGAUGAUAGGGCAGCACUUGCUAUGAUCAAAGCAUGUUCAUCUGGGUCUCUCAAGAAGUUUUCGGGACAAUUUUUCGAUGAUGAAAAUUAUUUUUGCGAGGACAGAGGUGUAUUUUCGAAGCUGAUUAAGCAACAUGCAGAAUCGCUUGAGGAGAUUGAACUGGAAGACUGUGAAGUGGUUCACAGUAAGGAUCUUCAAUUCAUGUUUUCCAGGUGUCGUCAAUUGAAGCGAUUUUGGGCCCAUGCAUGCGAUUGUGGGCAGGUGGCAAUACAUCUCGAGGAUAUCGUGAGUAAAGAGUGGGUUUGUACAGAAAUGAAGGACCUACAAUUAACGCUAGGUCAAAGAGGAAGCUCGGAUGAUCCACGGAGAGGCAGCGAUGAUAGUGAUGAUAGUGAUGAUAGUGAUGAUAGCAAUAUCAUUGAUGGUUUUGAUCAAGACAAUAGUGCUAUUAUCUGCGAGGAUGAGAAUGGUAUUCCAGAUAGUGUCAAGAGGCAUGCAGACGAUGAGAUAUCAUCAUCCGAUUGGGGAAAAGCUUGGCAAACUGUGUAUAAACAGAUUGGUCGCUUACACAAGCUAGAGGAAUUAACGCUUAGCGUUGACAGAAGCGAAGUUGCAAGAACUAUGCGAGAUUAUCCUACACAUCAUUUCGAAUUGGAUUUGAAUAUCAAGCAUGGCUGGUUAACUGAGUUGGCUGACCUCAAAGAGUUGAAACAUCUAUGCUUAGAGUAUAAUUUUUGGGCAGAGAUGGAUAUGCCAGAAGUGCGAUUCAUGUUUGAACAAUGGCCUAAGCUGGAAAAGAUCACACUUACAGAUCGCUCUUUAACAGAUAAUCCUUUGAAUGAGUCGCACUGGGAGUGGUUGAAGGAGCAGAAGCCUAACUUAAGAGUAAUUCAUACUGAUUAUGAUGACUGUUAUGACUCUAAUGAUUGGGAUGACUAG